UUAAGUGAUUUGUUUAUUAUUUUUGCAGGUUCCAGUGCUGUGAGGUCUGUAUUUGUGCUAAAGGGAGAGGAUCUACUUCUUGAUGUCCAUAAACCUGAACCUCUGGCAGGGAAAUUUGUAUUUGAAUGGAAAUUCCAAAACACAUUCUAUGUCGCAAGAUUAACUAAUGGAUACGUGAGAAUCACAGACAGCUACAAACACAGGGUGAAAUUUUCACAAGAAAAUUACUCUUUGGAGCUGAAGAAUCUACAGAAAGCUGACAGUGGAGUUUAUACUGCAAUAAUGACCGUGACACAAGACCAAAUACUAGCUAAAUACCAAGUCACAGUUCAAGAGCGAGUGUCUCCAGUUCAGCUGACAGUGAACUCCUCCAGCUCAGACUCCUGUGACGUCACUGUGACCUGCAGCAGUCAGGACUCUUCCAUCAGCAGCACUUUGACAUGUGACAGAGGAGACUGCUCUCUGGAAGGAGGAGAGAGGUCGGAGGUCACAGCCUCUGCUGCCUCCCUCAGAAUCUACCUGCUGAAUGGGUCAGUCACCUGUAACCAUAGCAACCAGGUCAGCUGGAGAGAGGACAGGAAGGAGAUUGAUCCUCUCUGCUUGCUCAGCUCUGGUCCAGUGAGUCUCCCUGGUACCUGCUAUCUUGUGAGGACGGUCGUGCUCUCUGUCGGUCUGGUCAGCAUGGUAGCUGCUGUGAUCACCGUCAACCUCAGAGCGCAGGAGUGAAUCAACAGC